UCCAAAGUUGAACCAUCGAGUUUUAAGAGGUCCUUUUGUCUUUCUCUUCCAUUUUUGAAUACUGUCAACUAGUAACCCCUCUCAAGUGUUACUAUAAAAUCCAAGACUAAAUUUUGUACUCAUUUUGUUGCACAAAAAGACUUUGGAUCUUGGAUCGACAUUUGGCAGUUGGGAGAGAAGGAAGAAGAAGACGGGGGCUUGAAACAUGGAAUGGAAUGGUAAUCUUAGGGUGCCUAUAGUUUCUCUACCGGAUCAUUCUUUCAGCUUCCUCUACAACUAUAAUUAUGAUCAAUUUCAAGGUUUAGAGAUGAAGAACUCAAUGCAGACACAGGAAGAAGUGCUGCCAACAAUGAAAAAGAUGAACAAUUAUGGGUGCAGCCAAGAUAAGAAGAAAAGACUGAGCGGUGAGCAGUUGGAGUCAUUGGAGAAUAGUUUCCAAAAGGAGAUUAAACUGGACCCUGACCGGAAAAUGAAGCUGGCCAAGGAACUAGGUCUGCAGCCACGACAAAUUGCAGUAUGGUUCCAGAAUAGGAAGGCUAGGUGGAAGUCGCAGCAGCUUGAGCGCUUGUAUGAUGAGCUUAAGCAGGAGUACGAUGAUGUAUCUAGGGAGAAGCAGAAGCUACUCGAGGAGGUUGUGACAUUGAGAUCAAUACUCGAGGAACAAGUAACAAAGAAGCAAGUCUGCACAGGUUACAAUGCAGAAGUUUUGGUCGAAAGCACUUCGAUUCCGACCUCCUCUGAUAAUCCUAGAGGAUCAAGCGGUACUCAUCGGACCGUCCCAGAUGAGUCCAACUAUGUUGUGAACGUGGAUGGCUAUGAUCAUCAGAUCAUGCCUCCAUAUUGGAAUGUUCAGCAGCCUUCUUGCCCUUGAAUUUACAGCUAAUGUUCUAUAUAUGUUCUAUCUACUUAAUUCAAGGCUCCCGCUCCCGCUCCGACUUUGACUCUGACUCCCGCUCCGACUCUACUCGUCCAUAUAUGUUUCUCGUGGCAGUUAAGAGUUGAUUUUAGAAGUUGAUGUUGAAAUUUUAUCAUUCAUUAGGUUUAUCAAAAGCCACUUUAGGGAUUUAUAGCGAUCAACCUUACUUCAUUGGAAGCCUCUUAUUGUUAUUGUUGUCGAUCACAACUUAAUUUGAAAUCAAACGUGAACUUAUAAUUGCUAAUCUUAUGUGUAGAAUUUUGUGCUAAUAAGUUGGUCAAUUCCUAUCUUUUAGUAAAAGCCAUUUCUCAUGAUUAGGGUGUAAAAGAUUUUGUAUUUUCAAAAGUUUUUCAUGUAAACAGCAAUUUUUCAGUAAAGAAGUAUAUUUUUAA